AUGAAUUCCACACAGGCACCCAACCACCCCGUUACCUUUUCAAGUCAUUUGGAACCGCUGGCCGAGGUGUCUCACGUGAGCAUAACCAACGGACAUCAAAUUGGAAAAUUCAAACCUACCGGGACGAACCUGUCCUCGCCUGUAGGAGGAGACUCGAAAAAAAAAUUGACAAAGUUUUCCCCAAAGGCGGUCCUCCGCGGCCCUGCCUCGGACGGGUCGCCAUCAGCAGGCACAUCAAAGAAUGGAGCUGUCCCCCUCGCUUGUCGGCCGGCAAAGCCCCUAACUCCCACCCGUCAAGACCCAAUCACCACCUCCACCAAGGGUAAAGAGAAAGCCGUGGCGCCUUCCGACGAUGAGGAAGAAGACUUGUUCAACGAUGACCCGGACCACGAUGUUGAGCAAGACGUCAAGCCAAGCAGUCCGCCGCCGGCGGGACCAAAACGAGGCCGUCCCCGAAAAUCAAUUCUCCAAGACGCUGCCAAAAGCAUGAAAAAGUUCUGA